GUGGGCAGUUGUCAUAGCGCCGCCGCGCGCUGCGGACGGGGAGGUUCGGUGCAGGCGCCCGCGCCCUCCCCCGCCCCCGCCCCCGCCCCCGCCUGAGGGGACGGCCCGGGCCGGGUGAUACCAGAGACACCCCCUCCCGGGAGCGAGGGGCAGAGCAGAUAUCCUUGUCUACUGCUACAGUCGAUGCUGGUAACACCUUAAAGCUGUGUAAAGGAUGGCUUUUACCUGAUUGUUGUAGAGGUACUGAUGUCAUCUCUGAACGCAUGUUUUAUUACUAUGUGGGCAACCUGUUGUAACUGGUUUUGUCUGGAUGGACAACCUGAGGAGAUGCAGCAGCGGCCGCAGCAGGGUGCCAGACCCCAGGCAUAUUCCAACCCAGGUUACAGCUCCUACCCUUCUCCUACAGGUUCUGAACAGAACUGCAAGGCAUGUGGGGUGCACUUUGAAAAUUCCUCCAGGAAGCACAUUUGCUUUGACUGUAAAAGGAAUUUUUGCACUUCCUGUUCAAGCGAGCCUGAAAGCAGUCCCCUUCUCUGCCAUCUCUGUCAGCGGUUCCAAGCCACAGCGUUUCAGCGGGAGGAGUUGAUAAAGAUGAAGGUAAAGGAUCUACGAGACUAUCUGGCACUCCACGAGGUUUCCACAGAGUUGUGCCGUGAAAAGGAAGACCUGGUGUUUCUGAUUCUUGGGCAACAGCCUGUAAUCACCCAGGAGGAUAGAAUACGAAUCCCGCCGUUAAAUUCUGACACAUCUGGGCAGCAAAGCUUUGUCAUUCUGCCAGAGACCAGCACAGCAUCUUCUACCUCACAUAAUGCCUCUCCAGUGUCUGCAGACUCCAUCUUGAGUCCAAUAACUCAGGAACAUCAACAGGCAAAUGGGCAUGUGCCUCCAAGCCAAGACGAUAUGACAGAAAUUGAGAAUGCAACAGAAGCACCAACAGAGGAGGAGACACAGUCUGUUGACUCGGAGGAUAACCUGGUACAGGGACGGAGGGCCUCUCUUUCUGACCUAACGAGUGUUGGAGACAUUGAUGCACUCUCUGUGCGACAGCUGAAGGAAAUCCUGGCUCGCAACUUUGUCAACUAUAAAGGCUGCUGUGAGAAGUGGGAGCUGAUGGAGAGAGUGACCCGUCUUUAUAAAGAGAAGGACCUUCAGCAUCUGGUUUCUGACACAGAUGAUCAAAAUGUUUCCUCAGGCAGUGCAGGGCUCCCUAGCACUGAAGAGAAUCUCUGCAAAAUCUGCAUGGACUCACCCAUCGACUGUGUCCUGUUAGAAUGUGGCCACAUGGUCACCUGCACCAAAUGUGGAAAGCGUAUGAGUGAGUGUCCCAUAUGCAGGCAGUAUGUGAUAAGAGCUGUCCAUGUAUUUAAGUCCUGAGUGAGCAUGAGGAAGACCAGUGUUGCCUUAAAGCCUCAUCUGCUGUUAGAGAUCGUCUAAAACCUCUACAGGUCGGUCAGAGACUGGCACACAGGACCUCAGAAGAAACCUGAAGUUCAUAGGUGAGAUGAGGAAAGGAGAAAGCUUGGGGAAUUGUUCUGAUUGAAGCCAUUGACUGGCUGUGCCCUUCACACCACAGUGCUUUACCCUGCAGUGCCUAGACUCUGGGAGCCCACUGUCGUCAGCAGAGACAGAAAUAAUUAACAGCUUGCAUUCUGGGCUAGCUUGAUCAACUGAUGUUGGGGGACAAAUAAUCACUUGGCUUUCCAAAACUAACACCAGAUUCUGAGGCUUAUUUCUUACACAAUAAUAAAUAAGGUGGACUGAGGUUUUGGCACAACAUUUUCUUUUGUUUUGCUGCUACUGAAGUCUCUCAUUCUGGUACCCUCUUUAAUUUGCUCUGUUCCAGGUCACAUAUCCACUGAUAUUUUUAUUUUCGGGGAACAAAAUCUUAUUGGGCUGGUUCCCUCUCCCUAUGCUUUUUGUUUUUUUUAAAAAAAAUGUAACUUUAUUUUAAUCUCUUAGUUUCUUAUGCUUGCAGGCCAGGCUUAGCUUUUUUUAUAUUCAGAAUUUAUUUCUAAGCCAAGCCCUGUAAGAUCAUGGUGAAUCCUUCACUAUUGCUACACCUUAAUAUGGAAAGGAGGCAAGACUUCAUACUGUUAAAGAUACAUUAUUUCCCUUUGAAAGAUAAGAGGCAGUGAAGAGGCUUAGGGCAUAGAGCCUUCUCUUAUAGCUUACCCAGCAUAGGCAGUUUUUGUCUCCCUUCUGCCUACAAUUUGCCUUUCCUUGGUGGUUCUUUGUUAUAACACUACAGGAUGGUGUGUUGCCUGCAGGGUACGUAAGAAAUCCUUGUAUACCUGAACUAGCUGAGAGUCAACCUCCUCCAGUGACUAAUGAGUUGGGACCCUGAGGCCCUAGUCCCCUACAAUGUUUGAACACUAGUGGAAAAAUCCACUAUGGCCAGAGUAGUGUGAUUUUGGUCUAGAACUGCCUACGCUCCUAAAAGGGAUUGGUGAGACAUUUCAAUCAUGAAGCCCUCAGCAGUGUAUUCUUAUAACGAUCUCCUGAGAUGAAGCUGUCAGAGAGACACUGAAGUUUGGAGAAACAUGGUGGAGGACUUUUUCCACUGUGAACCUCUACAGCUGGGUUGUCUUAUGAUUUGAGGAGGAUAGCCUUCCUUUUUCUGCCUGUUUACCAAUUCACUGUUCUACAGUCCUGAUGUGUUGCCAAAUAUGCAAAGAUUGUUUGGGGAAGAGCACAACAUAAUGUCUCCAUUUUCCUUUUAUGGGGAUGAGGCUAUAGCUUCACCCUUAGAAAGAAUUCUGCAAGGUAGACUUGGGACAUCAAUCAAAAGCUGUUCGUGACAUCUAUGGUUUAGAAAGUCCCAGUGGACCUACCGCAUUGUUUUUUUCCUCUAUGGGGCAUUUAAAAAAAAAAUAUAGUAGUGAUCUUACAAGGUAUCCUGGAAAUACUCCAUUCUGAACUGCCAGAAAAAUAUUCAAUUUCAAAAUCAUUCUGUUAUGCAUUAAAUAAGAUUUUUCAGCUAAAUUAGGGUUACACUAGUGUCUUAUCUUAUCCCAAAUGGCUCCUGGAGCCAUUUAAGGCUUAACAGUUGUUUCAGAUUGUUUUUCACACAUAGUUGUAGGCCUUACUAUAAUAAUGUAAGUGCAUGGGUGUUCAGAAUAUGUGGGUGCAUGGUAUGGUAUGGGGCCAGGAGCAGCAUCUAUAUACAAAAAUUGUAUUUGUCUACUCUAAUAAGAGUGGCAAGUCCUAGGCUCUGCACCACUAGAUAUGUAUGUAAAGCAGCAGCUUCUAUUGAUGUAUCUGUGCACACUUGUGGUAACAGCUGGUAAUCUUAAGUAACUGCAAAUGUAUGUAAUCUUUGCAACUAUUUAACAGUGCUGUACAACAGUAGUAAUGCCUCUGCUGCAAGAAAUGCCUGGUGUGUGUGUGUGGGGGGGUGUCGUCUUUCUUGUGGAAGAGAGGAAACCAUUCCUGGUAGCUCACAAGUAUCAUUCAUGUAUAGAUAUUUAAAGGAAGGUACCUCUGCCCUGUGAUCUGCAGCACCUGCACAUUAGAGAAGGCCUUUACUUUUAUUGGUGGUGAUUCCUGUAGAGGAAGGACAGGAGCCUAGCCUUGUUUCAUGGAUCUGUGUCCUUGCCCCUUCUCUCUUCAUUUUAUGAGAAGAGAGCUGCUCCUUCUGGACAGUCUGACCUGUUUUUAUAAUCUCUGGCUCAAAACCUAGCACAGGCUUUCCUAAACAGAGGGGUACUGACACACAUUUUGCCAGCAGCUAAAUUGUAUUAUGUUAAAUACUUUUCCCAUGCAAGUAAUUGCUGUAGUUACUAUUGAGCUGUUCAAUCAUGAAUGGGAAGAGGGUGUUUACAUCAACCACUACCUGUGGCCUAAAUUUAUGAACCCAAUCUAGCAAAUUCACUGUGAAAAAUAAUGCAUUUUAUCAUGUUCAGCAAUAACUUCAGGCCAGAGGGGCUUAGGUGGAGGAAGACACUUUCCCUAUUCAGUGUCAAGUUUACUAAACUUCAGGUCUCUAAGGUUCUUCUGCCUCUAUUCUAUAGUAGAAAGGCCCUAGUGCAGAUCAGUUUCUGCAGGGAUGAUUUUAAGAACAAGAUUUACACCCCCCCCCCCCCCCCCUCUCAAGCUUGCAAUUUGCCUUCCUAGUUUGGUAGUGAAUAGUUUUCCCAUUGCAAAAAUUGAUUGUUUGCUGUGGGGGUGACUAUUUUAAAGUGAAACUUUUAAAAGCCAGAGGAAACUGGUUCAUAAUCCAAAGGAAUAUACUGAUCUGUACUAAUAAAUAUAAGAAAAUAUUCAAGUGCUUUAUGUACAGUGUACACAUUUGUUCAAAUAUUUUGCAAGUUAAUGUUCUACUUGAAAUGGAUUCUAUUAAAUUCUAAAUCCUAGUAAAUAGACUAGUUUUGGAACAGAGUUCUGCUUUAUAAUUUUAUAAUAAAGUGAAAAUUUGAUUUAUCCAA